AUGCCGCAGGUGGUGGAGCAGAAGCCCAUAUCCGACGAGGACAGAGGGAAGGUGGAAACAGAGCUGGCCAAAGCAGAAGCUGCACGUGCUGCAGCUGCAGCUGCAGUUGCUGCAGAGCGGGCGGCUGCUGCCGAGUCAGCCAAGGCGGCCGCAGAGAAGUCCACUGUCACCAAUGCUGCGGCGGUGGCAGAGGCAGCAGCAAAGGCAGCUGCAGACGAAAAGGCAGCCGAGGAGGCGGCCAAGGCAUUUGCUGCGGAGAUGAAGAUGUCUCGCAGCAUCGCUCGUGCAUUGGUGCCCGAACAAGGCCCUGAGGCCGCCGCCAUCGUCAACCUGAACUCAGAGGAGACCCGGGAUGUUCGGGAGAAGGCCAUGCCAAAGCUUCCUGAGGAAGUGCCUGCAGAUGGGCCUCCACGACCUGGACACCGGCGCAAGGCGGCUCCAGUAGACGAUGAAGAGGCUGCAAGGAGGGCGAAGAUGAGCCGGCUUACGGACUUGUGCGAUCGCCUUCUCGAGCGGGGAGUGCUGGUUUACGAUUCGGCCCGUGAGCUGCUUGCGAUUGAUGUCCGACAGCGGAAGGGCGAAAACCUGACUGGAGAAGAAGAAUUGGCAGAGACACCGAAGCAGGCAUCGGCCACCAAAGGCGACAAAAGACCUGCAACCGACGCCGCACCUGAGGUCCAAUUCACCAACAAGCGCUUCAAAGCUGGAGCGAAUGAUGCCCCGGUCGUGGAAACAGUCGAAGCCAACUCGACAAGUUCGGCAGGUCCGUCUUCCGCAUCACUGCUGUGGCAGCUUCGCUGGGGCCACAACCCCGACGAGAUCAAUGGCCCGUUCGACUCAGUCACGAUGCAGGGCUGGAUGAUGCAGGGUUGCUUCUCGGAUGAACGCCCGGCUGAGUUCCGUCAGUGCGACGAGAAAAACCAGCCCAAGGAGCAAUGCUGGCACCGAUGGGACAAGAUUGACUUCGAGCUGUACGUGUAG